CCUUUUCAUCUCUAAAGGUUUUGGGGUUUUCACGUGGGUAGCUGAAAGCAUGUUCAAUGUAUAAGGUGAGUGAUGCGGUAAUCAUAUUGCAGCCAGAACAAAGGAGACAUGAUGGCUAAUCCGCAGUUCAAAGAUCAGAGAGAAAUACAAAAAAUGGAGGUUGCAAGCAAAGAGAAUCAGUUGUGGGCACUGAUCCAUGCCAAAGGUCUUUUGCACUCUGAUGUUCAGGACUUGUACCGGAAAGUGAGAUUUUGUUAUGAGAAUAUCAUCCUGAAUGAUAAUGCACAGCUGGAACUUCAAGACAUUGAGUAUUCUUUGUGGAAGCUUUACUAUAAGCUUAUAGAUGAUUUUCGUAAAAGAAUAAAGAGAAGUUCAGCAGCGCCUCGACAUGAUACUUAUCUAGAAGGAUUUAAACUCUUUCUAUCUGAAGGAAUUCAGUUCUACCAAAAUUUGAUUGUGAAAAUAAGAGAAUGCAAUGGCCUCACAGAAGAGUCUGUACUUUACAGAAAGGGAGGCACAUUUACCUCUGGGGAAAAAAGGGAGUUGCAAAAGUGCCAAUUUUUGUGCCAUCGCUUUUUGGUAUGCCUCGGGGAUCUUGCUAGAUAUAAAGAACAAUAUGAAAAACCUGAAGUCCAAAGCCGAAAUUGGUCAGUUGCAGCCACCCACUACUUGGAAGCAACAAGAAUUUGGCCAGACAGUGGAAACCCCCAAAAUCAGUUAGCUGUAUUGGCGAUGUACAUUGGUGAUGAAUUCCUCGCUUUAUACCACUGUAUACGAAGUCUAGCUGUUAAAAAUCCCUUUCCUGAGGCCAAGGAUAACCUCACCUUACUCUUUGAAAAGAACAGGUCAUCUCAUUUACAUUCUCUUUCAAGCGAGUGCCAAUUUAAUUUCUUAAAUCCAUCUGAAAGAAGCAGUGUUCAGAUUACUAAGCAGGAAAGCAAUGAUAAUAUGCUGAAAGCUGAAAUGGAUACAGAUUUAUGGCCUCUUAUGAUCAGGACGCUUAGUUUCCUCCACUUGAAAUUGAGUGUGGAUGAAUUCCCUCGUGCUUUCGCAUCUACUAUGAAGGAGUUGGAUGCAUUGAUGGCAUUAGACGAUACAAAACUAAAUGCCCCUUUGGAAUCAUAUCAGCGCAUGGAUUCAGUUAGACGAGGCCCUUAUCGAGUGCUCCAGGUUGUUUCUGUACUGAUUUUUAUCAUACAGAAUCUAGUUAAGAGGCCAGAAACAGAAACAAUAGACUUGCAGAAGCAAACUGAUAUGCAUCAGAUGGAGUUGACACAGUUGGCAUUGACUGCCACAUUUAUUUUUAUGGGACGCUGUGUUGAAAGAUGUUUGAAGGCUAGCACAAUCGAAACCUGCCCCCUUCUACCAGCUGUGCUUGUUUUUGUGGAAUGGCUGGUCUUCAUUUUUGAUGAAGCAGAAACCUAUGGGGUUGAUGAGAAAAGUAGGUGUGCUAUGUCCUACUUUUUUGGUGAAUUUUUUAAUCUCCUAAAGCGAUUGAAUGUCAAUGGCGGUGAGGUAAAGUAUACAGAAGGUGUUCCUUUGUGGGAAGACCAUGAGCUGAGGGGCUUUGCACCACUAGCUACUUCACAUGCAUUACUAGAUUUUUCAUCUCAUUGGGAACAUAUGGACAAUUAUGAAAGUGGAAUGGAUUAUCGUUCUCAGCGUAUCAUCAAUGCCGCAAUCAAAAUUGCAGACAGAUCAACUGAUUCUCAAAAGUGGAUUGCCUAUGACAAGUCUGAAAGAAAAUUUUGCAAAUGCCUCGUGACAGGGUCAAAUGGAUAUCCGGACAAGAAAGGGUCAGGAAGAUUGGAGUCCAACAACUCCGAUGUUGAAUUGAAUAUACUUGGUGAGAAGAUUGACAAAGCACCAGAAGAAUGUGAGAAACUGAUGAGUGAUGGGGAAAAUCCAAGCUCUAUUUCUGUGGAAGAGGAAGAAGUUAUUCUUUUCAGGCCUCUUACUAGACGUAAUUCAGCACCAAUCAGUAUUGCCUCUACUUUGAAGGACCCAACCUCUCCGAAACAUUCAUUGGAUCAAAAUGUACCUUCGGAUGAAUGCUUGCGCCGUGCUACUUCACUUCUUAUAGCACAAAACCCAGCUCAGAGUGAUCCUUAUUCUUUCCAUAUUGACAUGACUCAUUUUGGGCGCAACAUGUCAUAUAAGCAGCAGCAGCAGCAGCAGCCUGUUGUGACAGAUACAAUAGCACAGCCAGUUUCGGAAACUCCAGUAGCUGCUGGGCCUCCCUCCCUUAAUGCUUGGGUCUUUGACAGGGGCAGUUUGAGCAACGGCAGGGAGAAAAGCACAGAUGGAGCAAGUAAACAUGGCUCAAGGUUGAGCCCUAUUGAGGAAGUAGCUUCAGAAUCUUUGAUUGGCCUAUCCAUAAAUGGCAAUGAAGAUUCUUUCAGCCAUCACGAAUGUGCAAGCACCCUAUCCUCUUUGGCUUCUUAUACAGCUCCUGUGCCUUCAGCCCCUCCUUUAGUGCUAGAUGAUGAUCGCAUUUGGUUUAAUGAGGGGAUCAGCAUGGCCAAUAAUGCUUCUGAUGUAUCCUAUUCAGAAGUAACCAGCUAUCCACAUUGGACUGCUACUCAAGGGCCACCUAAUUUCAGUCCUAUCAUUCCGAGUUUCAUAGACAAAUACCCAACUCAACAUCGAAUGACUUCAUCUGAAUGGCUUCGUCAGUAUAGAGAAAGUCAUAACCUGGAGCAUCAUGGUUGGCCAAAUUAUGUUCAUCCUCCUAGUAACCUUGGAAACUUGUACGGUUAUGAUACUUCAAAGUUUCACCAUUUCAGUCAAUGGGGAACUCCUGAGGCUUCUAGUCCCUCGACAUUGCAUCCAGGUUUCCCUCUAGAUCCAGGUUUCUCUGGUUACCAAAGAACAAGCCCAUAUGCGUGUCGAGCUCUGACAGACAUAAGAAAUGAGCAGCAACCACUUCUUCAGUACCUUAAGGAGAGGGAAAAGCAACUCCAGAGAGAUCCAACUGUGAGAGGCCCUUCUUAUAUGGACAAUUGAGAACCAUACUCUAGCAAACUGUCAAAAUGUUCAAAUAUGCAUUUCUGCAUUUUUGUAUAUACCAGGUAGAUAAAAUUGUGAAGUCCUAUUGUCAACAAUACUAGAAAUCAUUGCGGAAGUUAUGUGAUAUGUAUGUGACCAAUCGCAAUCGGAUAUAAUCACAUUCUUUCCCCGUCUGAUGGUUAUGAUCGAUUAAUCAAAAAAAUGUCAGCCAACAUAAUUUGAUGUAU